GCAAAACCUGUCAAAUAAAGCCAUUAAUAAGUUAACCCGAUUCCAGAAUGGGGCAGGUAAAAAGAAUAAAAAGAGAAGGUCUAGGAAAAAACUAUCUCAUUUAUCAUCUAAAGAAGGAAGCAAACAUACGCAGUCGAGACCCCAAAAAAAAAAAAUCAACAAAGAAAUUAACUAUAAGAGACAUUUUUUCUAAAUCAAAAUGACCACCCAUAUUGAAUGUAUGAAAAGCGAAUUGGAUCUCUUUGAGCCACAUCCUACACAAAGCUCUAUUCUGAGAACAGAAGAAGUUUCAUAUAACCCCAUAGCUUCGUUGGACAGUGCUUCUUCAAUUGAAUUCGUUUGCUUAGGAAAUGGGGAAACAUAUCGAGACCUGUCAAGUGUUUACUUAAGACUUGUUGUGCAACUAAGAAAAAGUGAUAAUACCAACAUUGAAGGAAACGAUGUUGGAGUAGUGAAUAAUAUUUUGCAUUCAAUGUUUAGAAGUUCGUCCGUAUAUUUAAAUAAUAUUUUGGUUUCUCAGAGUGAUAAUAACUAUCAUUAUAGAUCGUAUUUGCAAACGAUUUUAAACUAUGGUAGUGAUGCCAGUGAAAGUCACUUAGCCACUCAAGGUUAUUAUCCUAAUUAUGGUAAAUUAAUAUCUGGUAGAUACGUUAACACCGAUGGAUCCAUUAUGCUCAAAAAUAUUUUUCAAAACAGUAAUAAGGUUGAACUAUUCGGAAAAGUUCAUGGAGAUAUAUUUAAUCAACCAAAACUGCUUAUAAAUAAUGUAGAUUUGAGGAUUACUUUUAACAUUGAAAAAACAGCAUUUUAUUUAAUGGAAUCUGAAACUGAAUCAAAUCUUAAAAUAUUGGAGGCCCAACUAUUCAUGAACCACAUAACUAUUAAUCCGAGCAUUUUAUUGGCUCAUCAUCAUGUUUUACAAACUAAAAAUGCCAUUUAUCCAUACAGCAAAGUUCAAGUAAAAUCAUUUACAAUAUAUCCAGGAAAUAAUACAUUAUCAAUUGACAAUGCAGUUAUUGGACAGCUUCCCAAUUUUUUGGCUUUUUGCAUGGUAAAAAACAAAUCAUAUUCUGGAAAUCGGGCAUUAAACCCCUUCCAUUUUGAUCAUUUUAAAAUUCAACGCUUUAAUCUAUUGGUUAAUGGAGUACAAGUACCAUCGCAGGCACUUGAGUUUGAUUUCUCGAACUCUGAAAAUGCUCAAAGCUCUAGAGGAUAAAAUAUGCUAUUCAGAUCAAGUGGAAUAAAACAUUAUGAUCGAGGUUUACAAAUUACAAAGGAAAUGUUUGAUAAAAAUAGUUUUAUAUUAGCAUUUGACCUAACUGCAGACCAUCACAAUUCAACUGUAUGCUCAAAUUUAAUAUCACAAGGAGCCAUCCGAAUUGAAGGACGAUUUUCGGAGCCUCUUACAGAAGCAGUUACUUGUCUGGUAUACUGUGAAUAUGACUCAAUGAUUGAUAUUGAUAAACAUAGAAAUAUUCGUGUUCUAUUGUAAAAAUGAAUACAUUGCAAAUCGAUAAGUUGCUUUCCAAGCAUUCAAAAACAAAAACAAUUUUUAAAGGAGUUUAUCCCUCUGAUCAGCUGCCUCAAGUAAUUUCGAAAUAUCCUGCUUUAAUAAUAGCAAACACAGAUUCUUCAAGCCAUUCAGGAACUCAUUGGGUUGCUUUUUACUUUGAAAACAAAUAUUCAGCAGAAUUUUUUGAUUCAUAUGGUCAAUAUCCCCAAAAUAAAGAAUUUUUAAAAAUAUUAAGGAAAAAUUCCACAAAGUUUACAUUUAAUAAACAACCACUGCAAGGUUAUUUUUCAAAUACAUGCGGUCAUUACUGUAUCCUAUAUGGAAUAUUUAAAAGCAGCAAAAAAACAUUAAAUUGUUUU